AACCAAACGUUUAUACUUUACCUGUCAAAGCACCAAGCACGUUGAUAUACUCUUUGCCUCCAGCCGUCAUGUAAUCCCAGAGUUUUUCGGCACCGCGUUGGGCCAGAGUGUAUUCAAUUUUCACUGAUCCUGACAAACGCCUGACCGUUUCAGGAGUGUAAUCUCGUUUGAUUCCUGAGAAUCUGUCUUGCCUGAACGACGCCAUUUUAAAAUAAGCAAAAACUACGAGAAAAGUUGGCCUCGCAAAAGGGAUCAAAAUCAAAGUGCUUCUCUGCUCACCACUAUAGAUCAAAUGCAGUACCAAACCACAUGUAGUAUAUUUAUAAACAAAAGAUAUGUUAAUUUCAAUACAACGUGGCACAGCGUUCUGAUUGGCUACUUGGCUAAAAAUAACAAUUUCGCGAACGCUCAUUGGUUAAAAGGCUUUUCUGUGUUUACUAUAAUUUGAUAACAACGUGCAAAGUUCAUAUUUUCUUGCACGUAGACAGGAAUUCGUCUAUUCACUUUGUUGCUGGGCUGUAUUUAUCUUUUUCAGGUAACUUAUGAUCCAAAUAUAAACUUUGUUGUUCAGUAUUUGCAGUAUUUUAGAUUUGAUGGCCCCAAAGUCUGCAAAAUGUUUUGGGAUGCUCGUUUAUAAAUUAUACGCUUGACAAGUCAAAAUCAAAAAUUGUAUGCAUUUCUGAAUUAGGCGUUGAUCUAUCGACAGAAAAUCGUUGAAACUCUUAUUUUUUGCAUGGCAUUUGUUUAAAAAUGUAUUGAUCAAGUUCUUAGCUUGUUUACAAUGUUUCAGGGUAGAAAAACACUAACAAAUCGGUCAUGUAGACAUGCACGUUUAAUUUCGAACUUUGUACCCAAUUGACAUUCGAUUUGUAAAGAAUCGGAUAGCAAAUUGCAUAAAAUUCGUGAAAUAUUUUGACUUGACGUUUAACUUUAUGUAAUUCAGCAUCGUUAUAAGGGUAUGUUAAGCUAUUUUGGUGCCGAAUUUGUGCGUAAUGUAACUAAAAAACGAGCAAAUAUUCAAUAAUAUGAAAUUGACAUUUAGAUGUAUAAAUAUUUUUAAUUGUAAUUUGAUAUGUGCGUAAUAACAUGUGUUUUCGCGGAUUGUUUUCGCGCCAAAUGCAGAUUCAACAGUGUUUAAUAUUUGUAAAUAAUUGUAAUUUUAUCGGUAAAUAUGAAAUGUAAAUAUCUAGUAACUUUCGAGUUUUUGUUGCAAACGUUUUUGCGUUGCUACCCCGCCCCAUGGACGCCCAACGAUGGCCUUUGAUUUUAUAUUUUUCUUGUAUUUUUCCAGGUCGCUAUAAAUCCAAUGCAAGAGACUGAGAUGAAUUGUCCCCCAGGUAGUGUGUUUGUCUGUGUUGAUUCCUGUAUCUACCCACAUGACAGGAUGUCAACUGUAUUUUUGUGCCAGAAGAAAAUUGUUACAUAACCCAAAAUUUUACGACAAGCAAUGCGAAUACGCCAACGUAUUCAACCAGCGCAUGUCUAUCUCCCAUAUAUAAUUUAAAUCCUUGGUUAACUAAUUGUUUCGUUCUUGGUAGUGGUAACAGGCAUUAGAUAGCAGCAACACUAUAGUCUCUACCCUCACCCCCUCCUGAUAAGGACAGUUGCUAUGAUGCUAUCCACUCUUGGGAUUUAAGUGGGGCAUCCUCUCAUAUCCAGGAACCUAUCAGAUAAGGGCUCUCUUCCCUCCAUCUCCACAAUAGCUAUUUAUUGCAAAUGCAUGCCACCUAACUACUAAAUUUCUUCUAAUAAAGUGCAAAUGCUUAGCAAUCAUAGAGUAUUAUUAAUAAGAUCCAUGCAUACCUUCCACAGGAGUCCUAAUCAAAGGGGCUAUCCAGCCUUCAUACGAGCGCGUCUUAACGUACGAUGCUCUUGCGUUCUUGGCCGACCUUCACAGACGCUUCAACUACCACAGACUCCAGCUCCUAGACAAACGAAGAAAACGACAGCAUGCCAUCAAUGCUGGCCAACCAAUUGAAUACCUGAAGCCUAACCAUGAUGAUAACUGGAAGGUUGCAGCAGUUCCACCAGACCUCCAGCGACGUCAUGUUGAGAUCACUGGACCAACUGAUAGGAAGAUGGUUAUCAAUGCACUCAACAGUGGUGCUGACAUCUUCAUGGCCGACUUUGAAGAUUCAUUAUGCCCAACUUGGAAGAAUAUUGUUGAAGGACAGGCAAAUCUUAUCGAUGCUGAACGAGGCACCAUUUCAUUUCGAAAUGCUGAUGGUAUAUUUUUAGCUGAAUAACUUUGUAAUUGAUUCCCUAUCAUAUUGUACCGGUAAUAUAAACUCAAUAACCUAUAUUAUUCUAGGCUCUGUGCGCAAACUGAAAGACAAGAUUGCAUGCUUGAUUGUGCGAACAAGAGGUUGGCACCUGGACGAAGGACACAUCGAGUGUGAUGGAUUGCCGAUGGCGGGGGCCUUGGUUGAUUUUGGUCUUUAUUUCUUUCACAACAUUCAUGUGAGAAUAAGCCGAGGUUCUGCUACAUAUUAUUAUCUUCCCAAAAUGGAGACCUACCUUGAAUGCAGGCUGUGGAACCAGGUGUUUCAGGCUGCUGAAGACUACAUGUAUGUGCCGCAAGGUGGGCUGAUUUUCAUAUAAAUGUCCCAUUAUAACUUUGGUAGACAGUUUCAUGAUUUGCCUUCUAUACAGAUCACACUAUUUUCACCAGGUUAUCUUGGGUUUACACAGAAUACCUGAUCUUCCAGUCACCAACAACAUGUUUUGACAGAUGAUCCAUCUCUUGUCUAGGUACAAUCCGUGCAACAAUCAUGAUUGAAACUCUCCCGGCCGCAGUAGAUAUUGAAGAAAUGAUCUAUGAGUUGAGAGAAUAUUGCUGUGGAGCAAAUGCAGGCAGAUGGGAUUACAUCUUUAGCAUUAUUAAACGUCUUCAGAGUAAACCUGAAGCUGUGUUACCUGACAGGAAACAGGUGAGGCCACAGAGAUAGCUUGCCUUCGGUAGGCUGUAGCUAAGUGCAUGAUACUGUCUCAUAUUUCAAUUUCCUUUUAUCAUUUCAUUGAAUACUGUGCAAGCUACCAGUCUCACCAAAUCUUCAUUGUGGGAGGUUUAUUUUUCCUUUGCCAUUUCUAGUAUUGUAUACAAUGAAAAUAGACCUCUGAAACCAAGGGUACCAAAUCAACUGUCCUUAUUCAAUUUUCAAUUUGUGUUAGCACUGCAUCCAGUUAAUCUUCUGCCUUCCAGGUUUCCAUGACAGUGUCUUUCAUGCGAGCAUAUACAGAACGCCUCGUGAAAAUCUGCCACAAACAUGGCGCACAUGCCAUGGGAGGAAUGUCCGCGUUCAUUCCAAGCAGACAUGAUGAAGAGGUGAACAGAAGAGCUUUCUCUCAGGUCAGAGGGGACAAGGAACGGGAGGUCGCAGAUGGCUUUGAUGGCACAUGGGUAGCACACCCUGACCUCGUGCAGGUUAGUAAUUAACCUUUGGUAAGUUUCAUUUAAUUGAAUGUUAACACUCAUUGGAGCAAGAAGACUCAACUACAUUUUAUUUCCUUGAAAGUACUACACAUGGUGUAAUGAAAAGAACUCACUCUGGUAAUUGCCAGUUGACCAACAUCUGCUGCAUGACAGUGCUUGGUGCUAUUUUGCUGGUGAUGGUGGUGAUAGUGAUGGUGGCAUUGAGAAAAAUUAUUGUGAUGAUGGUAGUGAUGAUGGUGGUAACCAUGAUGGUGAUGAUAACCAGUAAUCAUAAUGAUUAUGAUAGUGGUGAUGAUGGUGGGAACUAUCAUGAUGGUAUUGGUGAUGAUAAUAACAGGUCUUUCUUUUCAGGUUGCAAGAGAAGUGUUUGUCCAAGGCAUGCAUAAUGCAAACCAUCAAAAACAUCGCUUGAGAGAAGAUGUCCAUGUGGAAGUGGAUGAGUUGAUUACAAUAGAUAUCCAAGGAGGAAAGGUUACUGAAGAAGGAGUCAGAAAGAAUACUGGUGUGGCUCUCAAAUAUAUUAAUGAAUGGCUUCAGGUAUGUUUGUCUCCUUUUGCGGUUAUCCUAGGCUUGUGGUUUGAUGGGCAGAUGAGGAGUUGAAAACGUUGGAUCGUUAUGAAGUUUUGAACUACGUGAUAUUUCGUUGUCGUUGAUUGUAGUAAAUUAUUUUUCAGUCCAAAUACUGGAUGAAAGAACGCAGCAGACUUGUUACCAGGUUAUUCCAACAAGACAAUACAAGGUUAUAUUGGUAUUGCUUGUUCCCAGCUUGUUGACAAGUUUAUACAGGCCUGCUACAAUGUUAAUUGUUGAUGACUUAUUACAACCUUGUUAGGGUGAGUCACGAACUUGUAUUGCCAACUACAAGUCUGUUCGGCGAACACAUCUUGCUGUUCUUGUUGGCAAUGAGUGAUACCACGUGUAUGAGCUUAUUACGCGUGUUGUUACCAUGUCGAGAAGUACCACUCAGAGUUGUUUAACCAGCUCUUGGUGAUCACCAUGCUUGCCUUUCAAGCUGGGAGACCUGGGUUCAAUCCUUGGUCGGACCUCUACUCAAGGUCUUGAAAUAAUUGAGGAGAAAGAGCUACCUUUACAUUGACAUCAGUAAAUGGUUAGACUUUCGCGUCUUCUCGGAUAAGGACGUUAAAAUCGUAGGUACCUCGGAUCCCCUAUCAAUUGGGAAUAGCCUGUUAGGAAAUCCGCUCACCAAUGAGCGAGAAACUCAACGAAGAAGAUUGAUAUGAGCAAUUUAAUCAGUUUCCUCUCUUCAUUUUUCCAGGGCCGAGGAGCGGUUGCAGUGAACAAUCUGAUGGAGGAUGCGGCGACCGCAGAGAUCUCCCGAGGACAACUCUGGCAAUGGCUCCGACAUUCUGUGAUCCUGGACAAUGGAGAAACCUUUACGCCUAGCAUGUACAGAGCAAUACGGGGUGAAGAACUGCAGCGGCAAGGUGGAUCGGGCAAGGGAAGAUUGCAACAAGCAGCAGAGAUUUUGGAUUAUCUAGUUUUGUCCAAUGAGAUGGAGGAAUUCUUGACAUUGCCUGCCUAUAAACUGCUUGAUAAUCCACAAGCAAAACUAUAGAAUGGAGAGUGUUAAUGAAACAACGUCGUGUAUCUCAUACCCAGUCGCGUAGAAACUGAAGAUGUAGUUCGAUAUGAAGUUGGCAAAUGUUGAUGCUUCAAAGAAUGUUAAAAAUUUAUUCUUCCGGCUUCGCACGAUAGUUACAGACUUUAGUUAGUAGAAAACUGACAUUGUAGAAUUGUGAGCCAAUAAAUUGUAAACCUAAUCGAUGAGAUUUGAGUAUUUUGACUGGAAAAAGGUAGGAUAUUUUAGUUAACAACAAUGUACUCAACACAACAUGUCGUACGGGUUCUUUAUGCUAUACUAUGCAAGUCUUUUGAAGUUUCAGUUCAAAAUGUAAUUAUAAACUUCACGUUCACGUUUUUACCAGCUUUUCGAGCUCUCCGUUGGUACGUGAUUAAAUACAUUAUCUUUCUAUCCCAGCCCACUUUUGCAGUCACGUAAUGACUCGUGCACGUGUGAUCGCGGAGCGCAGCUGCGAUGGAAGAAUCAGUUAAGCCUUAGGGCUAACCCUCAACAUUAUAUCUGUCUGACUCUUUUCGCGUAUACGUGACCAUCCUCGUUCACAGGGCUUCUCGGCUGAUAUUAUAUAUUUGCAUAUAGUAUGCAGGGUUCGUACAAAACUUGAAAGUCCUUGAAUGUCAAGUGAAUUUGUAAAGAAGUACUUGAGAGUCCUUAAAUUUUUCUUGCUUUAGUUUUCGGAUAUUUUCUGAAAUUGUUUGACAUUCAAAAACGGACAUUUUG